UGGCACUUCAAUUGUUCAUUUCAGUUCUUCUCUCACAACCACACCACCGCCACCUGCCGUUGAACCGCCACUACCUCCACCUGCGUCGAACUGUCACCACCGUUAAAUAGAGAUCGCCGCCGUCGAACCUUCUUUCAAUAUCAACAAUCUCUAAAAACGAUGUUUUUAAGAAGACGCUCCGUUCUUCACCUUGUUCCCAAUUCCCACCUCAAAAAUUCCACUUCCUCAUUCUGUUCCCAAUCACUCACAUUCCCCCAAAACCAACAACAAUGGCUUCAAACCUUCCAACACCUUCAGUCAUUAAUCGAUCAAGGCCGCACAAAACCCGCCCAAACCGUCUUCAAAUCGCUUCUUCUCUCCAACGCCCCUUACUCAUUCCCUUCGCAAAUCCACUCCCUCGUAUCCAAACCCAUCUUUCUACAAACCCUCUUACCCUUUUGUUCCAAUCCCAGUACAAUCAACCGAGUCAUGGAAUUGUUCUAUUCCAUGAAAAAUGAAGGCUUUAUCCUCCCCAUUUGUUUUAUUAAUUCUCUUCUCCAAACCCUUGUUCAUUUGCACCAGUUCGAGAAAGCUCUCACUCUUUUUAAUGAUGUUGUUGAAUCGGGUAUUCGGCCCGAUGCUUUUUCGUAUAAAAAAGCGGUUCAUUCUGCUGUUAUGAUGAGGGAUUUGAAUAAGGGGUUUGAGUUGAUUGAUUCAAUGGAGAGAGAUGGGAUUCGGCCUUUUGUUUAUGUGUAUAAUUUGAUGUUGGGUGGGUUGUGUAAAGGGAAGAGACUUAAGGAUGCGCGGAAGAUGUUUGAUGAAAUGAUUGAGAGAAGUAUUGUUCCGAAUACGGUUACUUAUAAUACACUUAUUGAUGGGUAUUGUAAGGUGGGUGAAAUAGAGGAAGCUUUUAGUUUGAGAGGUAGGAUGAAGGCUCCAUAUUCGGAGCCAAAUAUUGUUACUUAUAAUUGCUUGUUAAGUGGUCUUUGUGGUUUGGGGAGAUUGGAAGAUGUGAGGAAGGUCUUGUUGGAGAUGGAGGGGAUUGGUUUUUUGCCUAAGGGGUUUUCAUGUUUUUUAUUUGAUGAUAAUUAUGUUUGUGAAAAUGAAAAUGGUUUGCUAGAUGGAAAUGGGACACAGGUUGAUGAGCGUACUUAUAGUGUUCUGUUGAAUGGAUUGUGCAGGGUAGGAAGGGUUGAAAAGGCUAAAGAGGUUUUGGCAAAGCUAGAAGAUAAUGGGGUUGUUCCCAGUCAGAUAUCAUAUAACAUACUGGUGAAUGCUUAUUGCCAAGAGGGUGACUUGAAUAAAGCUAUAUUGACAGCUGAAGAAAUGGAAAAACGAGGGUUGAGGCCUAGUUAUGUCACCUUCAAUACCCUGAUUAACAAGUUUUGUGAAACUGGGGAGUUGGACCAGGCAGAGAGAUGGGUUAAGAAGAUGAUAGAGAAGGGUGUUUCUCCCACUGUUGAGACUUAUAACUCUUUGGUUAAUGGUUAUGGUAUGGCGUGUGAUUUUGUUAGGUGUUUUGAGAUUCUUGAGGAAAUGGAGAAGAAAGGGAUAAAGCCUAAUGUCAUAAGCUAUGGUUCUCUGAUAAACUGUCUCUGCAAAGAUCGUAAGCUUCUUGAUGCUGAGAUUGUGCUUGGGGAUAUGGUAGGUCGUGGGGUUUCUCCAAAUGUAGAAAUAUAUAAUAUGCUCAUUGAAGCUAGUUGCUCAUUGAGUAAACUAAAAGAUGCCUUCAGAUUUUUUAAUGAAAUGAUAAAAAAUGGAAUAGAUGCAACUCUUGUGACAUACAAUACACUGAUACAUGGAAUCGGGAAAAACGGAAGGGUAGCAGAAGCUGAGAAUCUGUUUCUCCAGAUGACCAGCAAGGGAUAUAAUCCAGAUGUGAUUACAUAUAAUUCCUUAAUGUCCGGAUAUGCAAUGUCAGGAAACCCUAAGAAAUGCCUUGAAUUGUACGAUAAUAUGAAGAAGGGGGGCAUAAAACCUUCCGUUGGGACUUUCCAUCCUUUGAUCAAUUCAUGCAGGAAAGAAGGUGUAGUGACAAUGGAGAAAAUGUUUCAAGAAAUGUUAGGAAUGGGCUUGAUUCCAGACCGAGCGGUAUAUAAUGAAAUGAUUUAUGGUUAUGCUGAAGAUGGAAAUGUUCUGAAGGCAAUGUCUUUGCACCAACAAAUGGUUGAUCUGGGAGUUGAUUCGGACAAGGUGACUUACAACUGCUUGAUUCUAGCACACCUUAGAGAUAGAAGGGUCUCAGAAAUAACACAUCUUUUUGAUGAUAUGAAGGCAAAGGGUCUGGUUCCAAAAACUGAUACAUAUAAAAUUUUGGUUAAAGGACAUUGUGACUUAAAAGAUUUCAAUGGUGCGUAUUUUUGGUAUAUGAAAAUGUGUGAUACUGGUUUCAUUUUAAAUGACCGCCUGUGCUAUGAGCUAAUAUCCGGGCUUAGAGAGGAGGGAAUGCUGCGGGAAGCCCAAAUUGUAUCCUUAGACUUGAAUAGUAGAGUUCAACAACUUGAAGGCUAGCAAAUGAUACACACCAUUAUACAUUAUCGAACUUUCCCAUUUUGGUAAUAGUAGUUGGGAUAGAGAUUGUCUGACGACCCGGGAAUGGGAGAUAAGGGAAGAAGGAAAAGAAGAGAAAGAAAAUAAAAAUUGGGAUUGGCAAGGCAUAGAGAAAUGAAAAGGGGAAAUAAAUGUAAAAGGAUAUGUCCAAAAAAAUCGUGUACGAAAAACAGGAUCAUAUUACAUCCAGGAAGUCAAAGUCAGGUAUGCAGGGCAGAGAAGUUAAAUAAUCACAUGCUGAUAAUGGGUCAAAUCUUAGAAGCAGAGUUUACAUUGAAAUUGAUGAAAUCAUCUGGUUGCAAUCCAGCAGAGUUUACAUUGCAUUUCAUAUACUGCAAUGCUUGAUGCCAACAAUGCAACUGGUAAAAUAAUUUUUAACUGCUAUUAUUAGGAUGGCUGGAUACCAUCCUGUACAUGGAGCCCUCACUUCCUGUAAUUUCAUCUGAUUGUUUAAAUCUGUUCCUGAUUUCUUUAGGAAAAUAUGGAAAGAUUGAAACUGUGUUUAAGUUAAUUCUUCCAAAUGUUGGCAUCGGGUGCUGAUGUUAACUUCAAUUUGAAGAACCUUUUAUCAUCUGGAAAUCGGAAGAAGCAUUUAGAGGCUUCUCAAUGAACCGGUUGGAUUUCUGUUUCAAGCAAUCUUGGCGUCGACCACCGCCUCUCCUUCUCCGACAACUGAUGUAUGAAAAUGGUUUGCGGUGAAAUUUGGUAAAAAUCGUGUCUUUUUCAUGUAAUCAACAGAUUUAACUGUGGAACAUUUGAUUUUCACUUUUCUUUCCUCUAUGUUUUGGUGCCAUUUUUGUUGUGAAAGAUAACUUGAAAUUUCUGUGUUUUUUGCAAGAACUGUUUCUAAAUCUGAGACACUUAUUUCUUCAUUGAUGUAUGAACACGGUUGUUGAUGGAACCUAUAAAAAUGUGUCUUUUUUCUCCUUAUGUUUUAGCUGUGAUUUAGCAAAAAAUAGUUCACUUUACUCUUUAUUUUUAACUUUGUUGCUUUUUUUGAGAAUCCGGGGUUUGCUUUUUUUGAGAAUUUGAGCUGGUUAGGUUAGUAUUCUGUUAUAGAAUUGGGGGUUUCUUCGUUUAUUUGAAGUGAUUUGAUAAACUGGUAUGUAUUUUUGUUUAUUUAUUUUAAUUUUAAUUUUAGUAUUUUUUUUAUGUUCUUCAAUCUUUGGCUUUUGAAGUUUGAUGAUAAAGACUUUUGGUGAAUUUCUAUUUGCUGUUUAUUGCUUUCUGGGUUUUGAUUCGAGCAAGCAUUUGCAUGAUAUGUGAUUUUGAUGAUUAAGGGUAAGUGAAUGCAUGAUAUGUGACUUUGUUGUUGAUAGGAACUAAGCAUAGAUUGAAGUGUGAACUGGAUUGAGGAAAGUAACUCCUACAACUAGGAAGAUGGUGUGUUUGUUUCAUAUUGAAGGUGAAUUCUGGUUUUUGGUGUCACAAUGCAUUUCGCUCCAAACCAAACUUAGGACUCUCAUUAGAACCGUAUUUCUACAAAUGCUUUCAA